UUCGGAUUCUCGAUUUAGGCUUCAAGGUCUCGAGUUUUCCUUCCCCUGAUUCCCCGUAUUGCAUCUCUAUAGUUCCGGUCCCAUCUUCCCUUGGGACCGGAAGUGGCGCAUCGGUGGAGGCUGAGCGCUGUUGAAGGACUUAGGGAGGCAGCACUGUGAGGGCCAGUUUCUUUGCAGGGUGCAAAAUGAUGUCACCAAAACAACUAGCUGACUUUGGCUACAAGGCUUUCUCUGCCUCCAUGAUGUUACUCACUGUGUAUGGUGGCUUUCUGUGUAGUGCCCGGGCCUAUCGCUACUUUCAGCAUCGUGGUGUCCUACGCCAGGCAGCUGAAGAACAAAAGCCUCAAAGCAUUCUGCAAGACUGAAGAGUUCAUUCUACCUUAGAAUACCAAGACUUGAGACAUGCUGUGGGUCACCCGAAAUUGCAUGGAAGGGUAAUUACCAGCCUACCUUGAGUGUCUCCAUGGUUUCCAUCCUUGGUCAGAGGAAUGUACUGAUGUGCUCCCUGCUCUGAAUUGUUGAAUGGAUCACAGCACAGGAGUGACAGUGAAAGACAUAUAAAGAUAUUAAAUAUGGUUUGCCAUUUCA